AUGCGCGGAACGAGUUUCAGAAAUGGAGGAGCUGGUAGCGUCCACGAUAAUACCCAUCACAGGGGAAUUCAUCGAAACAGCGACAAUGCCAAUACUUACUCGUCCCGUUCGAACGACGCCCAUGCUGGGAGAUUUGGAUACCCCACCAACGACGGAUUGUGGCCACAGGUGUCUACCUCUCGUUACCAACCCUCUACGCCAGACUUCACGCGCUUGGCUUGUCUUCGACGCCAUAGUUUGCCGCCAAUCUCGAGCCCUUCCGCGUGGGAACAGGCCGAAGACGAAGAUCUUACCAUCGAAGAAGUUCCCCUCCGUGAUUUGCUUCACCAUCGCCAUCUCGAUAGAUGGGCUUCUGAUUCUGAUAUUUCUCACCUCGAGAAUGCCACAAAGACACUAACAAAAAUCAAUCUCAAACGUGAUCUUGAACUUCACAGCCUUAAAAUCAAGAAUCUCUCAAAGACAUUGGCAGAAAUACCUCCCAGGCGUGCUUUGAUUCCUGAGAUCGGUGAGUUCGAGGGUAUCUCAAAAAACCCUGCAAAUAUUCCUCCCGGACGUUUGUCUGGCCCUGAAUUCCAUGAAUUGAGAACCGGUCAACGUUUCCAAUACUCCUCACCGACGCAAAUCGACGAAAUGCCUGACCCUCGCAUUUUACCUGAGAUGCAUGAAACUCCCGAGUCAGUCCGUCAUGCACGCUACCAAGCUCGUCCGGGCAAGUGUCAUCACACUUCGGUUCUGAGAUAUUGGGUCAACGAGGACGCCCCAGAGCGGGUCUGCGAUACUUGCGGUGGCACUGCUCGAUUCUUGUGGUCUUGCACUGCAGACACGCCUGACUGGACUGAUGCAUCCCCUCGGUCUGCAGGCCCAGCCUCUGCUGUACCUGCUGCCAGCGAACAUGUUCCCGCUUUAUCUUCUUCUUUUGACGUUGCUGCCAACAAGCCUGCUUCGCCCGCUCCCCCUACCAACGAUCCUACUCUCACUGGCUUUAGUUCCACCAGAUCUGCUUAUUCUGGCCUUGCUGCUCCUCCAGGCCUUGCCGGGAACGAAUCUGCUUCAACUGGCCCUGCUGCCACUAGCUCCACCACUACUACCCUAGGCCUUGAUAUCACCAUACUCGCAGAGUGGAUGCAGAAGGCGAUCACCAAAGGAGCGUACACCCCGGCACAAGUGCAGAAGCUCGUGAAACAGAAGUUGCAGGUGGUUGAAUGCGCAGCAAGAGACCGCGCAGUCCAAGCAGAACGCGCCACAAAGACUGCCUACGCAGCACGACCGCCGACCACGGAGGAAGAGAGAACAGUGCGUGAAUGGCUCGCGCGACAACCCGGCCGUGAAAGUCAGCCUGACGGUAAUAUUCAGGAAAAUCCAUGGAACGCAGGUCCUUGUCGAGCUUUCUUCUGCCCUCGAUGCCACUGGGAACUCACCGAACGCUCCAUCGGUCACAUUGACCAAGUUGCCAAUGAGUCAUACGUCGUACCCCCCAACAUCCCCGAGUAUCUGAACCGACCGAUUUCCGACGCCGCUGUUCUAAGAGAGAUGCGUCCGAUGCACUGGAUGCGCGGGCGUGACUUUGGCCUCUGGUGGCAGGAGAAUAGGUACUCAUCUGGCCGAGAUAUGGUUCCAGUACUUCGUCACGCCCUGAGCGGAGAGUGGACUGAGGAGCAGUUCAAGUUCACCAGCUGGUGGGUCUACUGGCAGCGCCGGUCAGAACGCGAGAUCGGCGCGUGCGUAAAAUGGCUCGAGGCAAGAAACCUUGAACAAAUCUCGUCUUUCAGUCAGUCUAUCGCCGACUCUCGUUUCAUUGUUCCCCGGUCGAGCGAGCGACAAUGUUCUCACAUGAGCAUGGGCCUUGACCCAGUGCUUUCUAUCAGUCGGCACCCGAUCUGGGAGGAAUUUGAGACACAGGAAGGACUUGUGGUCUAUCCAGGCUGGGAAUAUUCCCUUGAGCAUCGUUGGCAGGCCUUGAGCCGGCUGGAACACCAGGAGCUCACGCGGCUUGUCACGGAGCAGCGAGACGCGCUGAUCACCCAGGGUGCCAGCUCCGCGCCCAGCCAGAUCGCCUACUCUCCCCCCAAACUGACUCAAAAGACCACAGUCAUUCGGCGGACAGAAAAAAAAUCCGGACAACCUGUAUGA